ACGUCAGAGGGCAGCGGCGGUGGAGCGCAGCAGCAGAAGAGAGGGACUCUGGAGAUUAAAUAGAGAGAGUUUCUGGAGCAAUAGAGACCAACCAUCACCUGCCAGCAGCCCCCUAAAGGAGACAGCUGGGAACGGUUACAGAGGACUGUUUCUACCUACAGUUUAUCGAUAAACGCAAGAAGGGAGACGAGACUGGAGUCGGAGUGUCCGUCGCAUCGCUCCCCAUCCUCCUGUCGAAGAGACCCGGUCCAGAGCAGGAAAACAGCGUUCAGAGAGAGACCGGCGUUUAACAAGAACAGAGCAAGACGAUCCGAGUGAAGGCUCAGCUGAGGAGAAUUCACUCCAUUCAGAGGAGAAAUAAAAAAAUCCAGACUGCCCCGUGGAUGGUUCUGUUUUUCUUUUCUUUUAUACCCUGUCUAUUUUUAAGGUGAGUCAUUCAUCGGAUCAGACAUUUUUUUGAUAAUGGCAGUAAUGUUUCACCUCGACGUCUGCCUGGGAGAUGAAAGACUUGCAACUUCUUUGAGAGCCUUUUGAAAGCAGUCUUUUAGAGGAACAUUGGGAGCUGAAGGGGAUUUCUCUCUCACUUUGAACUUUCAUUUUAAUUUUUACGUCUCUGUUGUUUUACUCUUUACGGGUGACACUUUCUUCUCUCAUAAAAGGAAGAGGAGGAGGUGACUGGCCAAGUCUCUCUAACAGGAGCUCGGAUAUCAUUUGCAUUCCAGUGUGGUUCUCACAGGGGACAAGUCCUCCCUUGUGUCUGUGACUGAGUGUGUUUUUGUGAAACUGAGUGUCCCUCUGGGAGACAUUGAAGUGUCUCAGGGGACAAUACCCGGCCCUGUGUCUCUCCUGGGAUCAUGGGUUCAGAAAAGGACUCAGAGUCGCCUCACUCCUCGGUGAGUGGCAUCCCUAACCCUAAGUGCCGUGCGGCUGGCAAACGCCAGGGCCGCAUCUCCUUCCACAGCCUCUUCCACAGUAAACGGGGGGCCAGGGGCCCCAAAGGAGCAGCAGCCACCCCUUUAUCCCAUCUACACCAACAUCACAAUACACAACAGCCAAUCCUCCCUUCUGCCUUGAGCUCAGCACCCGCUGCAGCCUCUGCUACUCCCACAGCCACCACCACCCCCCAGGAUGCCGCCUCCAGCACGCUCUCAAAGCCACUUUCCUCCAGCCAGCCGUCCCUGGGGGGAGCCCCUUCCUCUGGGGAUGCCAGCCUCCUGGAGUGCCCCCUGUGCCUGGUGCGCCAGCCCCCCGAGCAGCUCCCCGAGCUGCUGGGCUGCAGCCACCGCUCCUGCCUCUGCUGCCUGCGCCAGUACCUCCGCAUCGAGAUCACAGAGAGCCGAGUCCAGCUCAGCUGCCCCGAAUGUGCCGAGAGACUGGCCCCGCGACAGGUGGCGGACAUCUUGGAUGACGCGGCCCUGCUGGAGAAGUAUGAGGAGUUCUUGCUGCGGAGGUGCCUGGCCUCUGACCCGGACUGCCGAUGGUGCCCGGCGCCUGACUGCGGGUUUGCCGUCAUCGCCUCAGGCUGUGCCAGCUGCCCCCGGCUGGUGUGUCGCAGAGAGGGAUGUGGAGCCGAGUUCUGCUACCACUGCAAGCAGGCCUGGCACCCCAACCAGACCUGCGACUCGGCCCGCCAACAGAGGGCCCAGUCCCUGCACACACACAGCAACCACUCUCCCAGCUACACACAGGAUCAGGGCCCUGCUGAUGACAUCAAGCCCUGCCCUCGCUGCGGCGCCUACAUCAUCAAGAUGAACGACGGCAGCUGCAACCACAUGACCUGCGCCGUCUGCGGCUGUGAGUUCUGCUGGCUCUGCAUGAAGGAGAUCUCAGACCUGCAUUAUCUCAGUCCAUCUGGCUGCACGUUCUGGGGGAAGAAGCCUUGGAGCAGGAAGAAGAAGAUCCUGUGGCAGCUGGGGACCCUGAUUGGAGCUCCGGUCGGCAUCACGCUCAUCGCAGGCAUCGCUGUCCCCGCCAUGGUCAUCGGCAUCCCUGUUUACGUCGGCCGCAAGAUCCACGCCCACUAUGAGCUGAAGAAGAUGUCCCGCCACAGGAGGAACCUGGCCAUCACCGGAGGAGUGGCCCUGUCCAUCAUCACUGCCCCGGUCAUCGCAGCUGUCAGCGUCGGUAUCGGUGUUCCCAUCAUGCUGGCCUACGUGUACGGCGUGGUGCCCAUCUCUCUGUGCAGAGGAGGAGGCUGCGGGGUCAGCAGAGGGAAGGGGCGAGGAGUACGCAUCGACUUUGAUGACGAUGAUGGUCCAAUCACAGUGGCGGAUGCGUGGCGAGCCCUCAAGUCCCCGAGCUUCGGUGAGAGCAGUCUGGACGGGGCGGUCAGCGGUAUGAGCACAACCUCUCCCAGCGAGGGACUCUCCGUGGCUCCAGGGACUCUGGAGGACACGCCACACUUCAACACCCUGGCAGGCAGCACCCUGGGAACCCGUGGCGGAAAGUACAGCAGGCUGGAGGGGCAGGUGGGGGAGCUGGCUAAAGAGUCGGCCCAGAGGGAGACGGGCAGCCUGGGAGCGGGCAGCGACUGCGCCAGCACCCGAGGGAUGGCCGGCUCCAUCAUCUCGUCCUACACCCUGCCUGACAGGGAGUGCACCAACCUGGAGAUCCAGGUGGACAUCGAGACCAAACCCAGCCAUCUCUGCCUGACCAGCGAGGAGGACCUGACCCCGCCCCCGGGCUCUGCCGCCAUGGCGACCACCUCCAGCGUGGAGGAGCCUCAGGACUGCAGCUCCAGGAGGGGCGGGGCUUUGUCCGGCUCCGUGCUGGGACUGUCCCCGGGCAUGUCCAUCAGGGAGGGGCUCAGAGACGUCACGCUGGCUCAGCCCGAGAGCAUCCGCAGCGACCUGGAGAUGUCGGACACUCAGUCUGACGACAUCGCAGAGCUGACAUCGGACGACUGUGACUCCCCCCACCCUAAAAGCUGUCAUCUGGCGGCAGGUCAGCAGCUGCCCUCAUGCAGGGCGCUGACCCCCCCCGAAGGCCUUCACUGUCCCGCGGACAGCAACGUCAUUCUCUACGUCUGAGAGGACAGCUCUCGGGAUUGCACAAAGGAAAAAGGAACCAAUCCCCGACAUCUCUUAUCGAACUUCCUUCAUGACUUUUUCUUUCUUUUGCACCGAAGAAACUGAAACGCUGACUUUAACUACAUUUAUUUAGUAUACAGAUGCCACAUAACUGUAUUAGGUUAGUGGAAAGCAAUAAUAUUAGGUUGAACCAAAUGUUUUAUUUAAACUUAAUAUUAUUGCUUUAAACUAACCUGAUACAGUUACAGUAUGUGAAAUCUGUUGACACAAUACAUUUAAUUAAAGUCAACGUUUACAUUUUUCAACUGUGUCAUCUCUGUCUUUGUUUCUGCGCCUCACAGACAACGUCUUAAAAAACGCGGACAGGGUUUGCUUACUGUUGUCUGUCUUAUCUAUCUACCUGUCAAUUGUCAGGGUUCUACCUCUGAGAUUUAUAAGAUGAUUUAUGUUUACUCCUUAGUGCAAAAUGCCUUGGCUACUUAAGCAAAAAAACAAAAAAAAUAAGGUACAAAUUUCCAGAAAUAUUGCAAAUCAUACAAUUUAAAAGAAGGGGAAGUGUCACCAAGCACAGCAGAGGGAAACAGAUGUCAGGAGGGAGACAGGAGGCUGUUUCUCACAGUGUGAAUGAAUGUGGACUUUGUACUUUGUGGCUUUAUUAUUUUCUUUUCUUCCUCUAUUUAUAUUCAGAUGAUGUUGAAAUUGUAUCAUUUGCUGCGUGCAUGAGUCUGCAUGAGCCAUGCCUUGUGUGACAGGUUUGUAACAGGCGGUGAGUUUCUGUAACACUGGGGAAAGUUCAGAGUUUACUUCGGAGGAUUUAGCUGCACUUGAAUCUCACUGCCUGCACAGAGGAAGAGGACCGAAAUAAGAGUUUGAGUUCUGACAAUGACAAGGUGAGGCAGUGAAAUGCACUGAGUGAAGCCAUUUUAUCUUUUCAAAUCUAUUGAAGUGUUGGAUCUUUCUCAGCUCUAAACGUUUUGAACAGUUGAGGACAGACCACUAUAUUAAAGGGGUUUGUCCUUCUGUUUUGCACUGAAAUAAAUAUCAAACAGAAAUGUAUUAUUGCAUAAACAUCCCUCUAAGGACCUUCUGAAUAUAAUCUUAAUUUAAAAAAUGCAAAAGUCCUCAGACUUUUAGCUGGAUACAUAACUGUUUUGGAUUUCCUGUAAUCCUAAUUUUCUUUAUGAAACAGAUAGAUGAAAUCAGCAUGAAUGUAGAAAGGGAAAGAUCAAAACACCAGUAAUAAGAGUUGGAUUUUAGUUCAGAUUUCCAACCAAAGCACAUUUCACUUGUUGACUGGUUUAAUGGUUUCAUGUUAAUAACUCAUUUUGGCCUAAAAACUGAAAAAAACUAAUAUUCUGCUAAUAUUAUAUAAAUGGCCUAACCUAACUUUCAUGAUAAGAUGAAAUACACCUUAAUCUAUUACCAAGUAGUUUUGUAUAAAUUCAUAAUUUAAUAACGUAUUUAAAGCGCUUAACAUUGUGCAGGUCGUUGCAGUUCUCUGUCUGGAGCAAUAUAAUUGGAGUGAUAACGACUGGUAACGUCCAUUUAAUCAGCUGCAAAUAUUUGAAACGUAAAAAAAUGAAAUUGUUUGAAAAUAUUAACAAAUAUUCAUUUUAACUUGUCAGAGCUCUUUUGAUCAAAUUGUUUGAAUUCUUUGUCGAAAUUCCCCCAAAUAAUCGGUUUAAGUUGAUUUUAGGUGAAGAAAAACUAAAAUAGCAAAUCUGGAAACAGAUAACAAAAACAUUGAAAAGGCCAAUUGAUUAUUGAAAAAAAACGUUGAUUACUUUUUGUGAAUACGCUCAUCAAACAUUCCCCUGUAGUUGUGAUCAUUAUUCUCUUUCGCUAAAUAUAUUUUUGAAUUUAUGAAUUCAGCCACUACUUGCUCUCCAACCUAAAACUGGCUUCCUAUCCUGCUUACAUAUCAGCCGGUCAUUGUCAGAACUCUCUGUGUGUGUGUGUGUGUGUGUGUGUGUGUGUGUGUGUGUGUGUGUGUGUGUGUGUGUGUGUGUGUGUGUGUGUGUGUGUGUGUGUGUGUGUGUGUGUGUGUGUGUGUGUGUGUGUGUGUGUGUGUGUGUGUGUGUGUGUGUGUGUGUGUGUGUGUGUAUGUGUGUGUGUGUGUGUGUGUGUGUGGGGGGGGGGGGUGUUCAUGUGUGUGUGACAUGGUCCAGUGUUUGAGAGUUUGCUGCCUUAUACACACUCACUGACUGAUACAUCACACACCAAUGGACUCAUUUUGGUUUAGUGUUGACUGGCUAUCUGACCCACUUGAAUGGUGUGUGUGUGUGUGUGUGUGUAUAUAUGUGUAUGUGUGGGUGUGGACUCAUGAUGAAUGUAUUUGUCCCACUUUAGUUUUUGAAUGAGCACUUGUGCACUUUAUCUGAAUUCAUCGUAUUUUACUUCUUUAUUUUCAUCAUAUUUUACUAUGAGUGACUUCAGUUGCACACAACAGUCUGUGGUACAACCAAAAUAAACCAAUCACCUACCAGAAGGCCUUUUAUGUUGGAUGUAACUAAAGAAUAGUUUGGCUCCAAAACAUCAAAUAACCACACACAUUAAAUAAUCUUUCAGUGAUCAAAGGACUGUAACUAUCCUAUUUUUUUAUAUUUUUCAUCUCUUAAAGUUUCAUUUUUGGAGCCAAACACUUCUGAUAUGGACCAUACUCACUAGCUUGAAUUGUGUUUAGCUUUGUAAUGCCUCUGUGCUUCAGUUUAAAAAAGUUUCUGCAAAGAAUCUUGGGAAACCUUUUUUCAUCUCAGAGCUUUCUGGAUUUAGCUGCUUAUGUAACCUGGCAGUGCUUUGUUUGAUCUGCACUCACUUGUUUUCCCCGCCGGUGAGAAAACACAUGAAUGUACCACAGACGGACACCCGGACUUCCUGAAAGAGUUUGAAUGAGCGUUUACGGAAACAUUUCCCAUUGGGAACACAGGUGGUCUUGUUCUUACUUUAAAAAAGGUCUUAGAGUAUAUAGAUAGCAAUAUUGAAGUGUUAUUAUAUUGUUUGUGUAUUUCCUGUCACUGUUAAAGCCCUGCCCUGCUCUGCUUGGCGUUGUACAUGCAGGACUGUGAAAGACAACUUGUGGACGUUUGGGGGGGGAAUAAAUAAACACAAUCUGAUGUUGCACCAAA